AUGCUUUAUCAUACCUCAGCCACAGUCCUGUUCCCGUUCUCUGAACCCCUCCGAGGCCUUAUUGAAAGCGACCACGACGAAUCGUCCCUUGCCAACAGUAUCCGCAAAUUGGUUGAACAGAGCGAAGUUGUCUGGACGCCACCGUUGGGCAAAUACAGUAUCGUCCUCAAGUGCAGUCCUGGUAUUGCUCUCAAGAUUAUAAUGAAGAUGGACGACUUGACUGAAUACACAACCCUGCAAUACCUCGAGGAACACAAACCCACCAUUCCUGCACCAAGACCACUCGGUCUUGCACGCCUUGGUGACUGUUUCCUCGUCUUUAUGACUCUUAUGCCUGGCACGACACUCGAAGCAGUCUGGCCAAGACUAGACGACUCCCUUAAGCGCUCAGUUCAAGCACAGCUGAACGAUAUUUUCAUCGAAGUGUGGCAGGAGAAGGUUGCCAAGAUGCGAGGAGAAAUGUUCGCCGCACAACCGACCCUAUUUGGACUACAGAAGAUUUCGACGACUGGCAAUUCUCCAAUCCCCAUUAUGGAAGCCCAAUUUACAUCAAAUUCCUUCGAAGUCUUUGCCCGCCCCUAUCACAGAAGCAUGUUCUCAGCCACAAUGAUCUUCGGCCUGCAAAUAUUAUAG